UAAGACCUUUCGAAGAAGAAGAAGAAGAAGUGCUGAGAAGUGCUUUGCCGCUAUUACCAUGUGCUCUUAAUCAUCGUAGUGAAAGUGUGAAGUAAAAAAUAAUAUUAUUAAAAGUAUCUUUAUUUACGAGUUAAAACAAUAAAGAAAAAUGUCGAAACAUACUGCUCAUCGUCCUGGUGCUUUCAAACAAGUGAAUAAAACUCAUAAAACAGGCCGACAUCGCAGCAAAGGCGCAAUAAAUAAUGAGGUUAAAGGAAAGGUUAAUGUAAAAACACUUUCAAAACGCAUGAAAGGUGAAUUAGGCAAAGAAGCCCGACGUCAUCAGGCACAACAAAUACGUCAAAAUAAACGAGAUGAAAUUUUAAAAGCCAAACGACGAUUUGGUAGUUUUGAAGCACCGCCAAUUUUAGUAACAAUAGUUCCUUUACAAAAAGACUUGAAUAUUGAGAAUGUUAAAACUCUUUUUAAAAAUGUUGAUGAAAGCGCAAACAUUAAUUUUAGUCCUUGUGGUGCUCUACAUAUAAGUAUUGGCAAAUUUAAACAACGAUUCACGUUAAUUAUAUCACCAGUUGGUGAUACAAUUUCAACAUUGGAUGCUGCAAAAGUUUCCGAUACAGUUGUGUUUCUGACUUCGGCUAAAGCUAAUAAUGAAGGCGAUGCGUCGGAAGUUGUUGACUCUUGGGGCCAAAAUAUAUUAUUAACUGUUCUUGCACAAGGUUUACCUGCAGCUACAGUUGCGCUUACAGACUUGGAAAAUGUUCCUGCAAAGAAGCGUCAAAAGCAUAAACAAUUAGUUGAGACUGAAAUUUCAAAAUGGCUACCUGAGGAGAAAACAUUACAACUAGACACUUCUUUGGAUGCACUAAAUAUUUUACGACGCAUUGGUUCCCAGAAGCAAAAGAAUGUCUUUUUCCGUAGCAGAAGACCAUACUUGCUUGCAGAGAAACUAAAGUUCACAUCGCAGGACUCAGGAGAUACUGGCAUCUUGGAAGUAACUGGGUAUUUAAGAGGACAACCGUUGUCAGCAAAUGACCUUAUCCAUAUAACAGGAUGUGGAGAUUUUCAAAUGUCUCGAAUUGAAGCUCCAGGAGAUCCUUAUACUCUUGAAAAGGAAAGAAAAAAGCCAAACACAAAUGCAGACGAUAACACCAUGGAGUUUGAAACUGUUACUAAAAUUCUUGAAGAAGCUGAUCCGACUAAACAGGAAUCUCUUCAAGCAGAAAAUGUCAUAGAUCCAAUGGAUGCAGAACAAACUUGGCCUACAGAAGACGAAUUAAAAGAAGCGGAAGAUGCUCAAAAGAGCAAAUUAUAUAAAGUUGUACCGAAAGGAACGUCAGUAUAUCAAGCAGCUUGGAUUCCCGAUGAAGAUGCUGAAAACGUCGAUGAUUUAUCUGAUGGGGAAGAUGAAAUGUUAGUCGAGGAAGACCACGAUUCCGAGCAGGAUCAUGUUUCAGAAUCUGAAGAGUUAGAGUCAGUGACAUUAAAUGUUCAUUUUAAUGAUGAACGUUACGAUGAAGAAAUAGACUUUUUAGAAGAAAAGAAAGAACUUCAGAAAAUUAAAGAGGCAAAAGCAGAUAAAGACUUUCCUGACGAAAUGGAUACACCACAAAAUUCGCUUGCUAAAGUUCGAUUUCAAAAGUAUCGUGGCCUUGAAUCUUUUAGAACAACACCUUGGGAUGUAAAAGAAAACUUGCCUAAAGAUUAUGCAAGAAUUUUCCAAUUUGAAAAUUUUGAAAGGACAAGGAAGAGAAUAUUGAAAAAUGCUGAGGAUAAAGAUGGAGUUUCGCCUGGAUCCUAUAUAACAAUCCAUGUAAAAAAUGUUAGUCAUCAGUUGUUUGAGACAUACUGUUCGGUAGAGAAUCGUCCUCUAAUAGUUUUUGGACUUUUGCUACAUGAGCAAAAAAUGUCUCUUGUCAAUGUGGUACUAAAACGAUCAGGUGAAUGUUUAAAACCGAUAAAAUCUAAAGAACGUUUGAUCUUUCAAUGUGGCUUCCGGAGAUUUUCAAAUUGUCCAGUCUUUAGUCAGCACACUAAUGGAAAUAAAAACAAGUAUGAAAGAUUCUUUCAACAAGAAAGUACAGUCGUUGCAAGCAUGUAUGCGCCUAUAAUGUACUCCCCUUGUCCAGUUUUAUGUUUUUCUGCAAAAGCAAAUGGUGACUUGGAAUUGAUUGCAACGGGUGGCGUUUUAUCCGCAAACGCCGACAGGCUUGUAGUAAAAAGAGUUAUCUUAAGUGGACAUCCCUUCAAAGUUCAUAAACGAUCAGCAGUUAUCCGAUUUAUGUUCUUUAAUCGUGAAGAUAUCAAUUGGUUCAAGCCUGUCCAAGUUGUUACGAAAUUCGGACGAAGGGGACAUAUCAAGGAACCGCUAGGAACACAUGGCCACAUGAAAUGUCACUUCGAUGGACAAUUGAAAUCUCAAGACACAAUAUUGAUGAAACUCUACAAGAGAGUUUUUCCCAAAUGGAAGUACGAACCCUACUUACCAACUGUCACGUCGAAUAGCGUUUCCAUUGAUGAAGAAAUGGAAUAAAGUUGAAGGUUUAAGUUUUAAAAAAAAGUUAAUCUUACAAAUUGAUAAAUAAAAAUUAUAAUUUCGUAUUAAGUAACAUUUUCAAUAAGUUUGUAAAAGAAUGAAGAUUUAAGUUUAAAGAAAAAUGUUAAUCUUACAAAUUGAUAAAUAAAAAUUAUGAUUUAGUAUUAAGUAACAUUUUCAAUAAGUAUAUAAAAGAAUGAAGAUUUAAGUUUAAAAAAAAUGUUAAUCUUACAAAUUGAUAAAUAAAAAUUAUGAUUUAGUAUUAAGUAUAACUUUUUCAAUAAGUUUGUAAAAGAAUGUAGAAUUUUAUCAUUUGAUAAAUAAAACGCUAAAAAUUAAAUAUGAUAAUUA